UGUGGUAUUGAGUUUAACAUAGUAUACUCUUCAAUCAUUGGCCAACAUCUUGCCACGUCACCCAUCUCCCGCGCUUUCCAAACACCUCUAAAUUCUAACACAACUCCAUCUCAAUCUCAUGUAACAUGAAUCUUUUCUCACCAAAUCUUCAAAAGUUCAACUACAUACAUCUCCAAUCAAAAACCCAUCUCAUAUUUUCUUGUAUUUUUAACCUCUCCUCUAUUAAAAUGAAUAAUACUUCUAAUUCAAGAACCUCAGCAUCAGCCACACGAUCAGAUAAUUCUAAGGUUCAGAUGGUUCCGGAGCUUGGUUACGAUGAAAUGAUCAAGAUUUCUGAGGAAACCAUGAAGAGAUACAGUUUGAAUUCGAUGCCGAAAAGGGGUAAAGGGGUUGGAAUUGUUUGGUUUAGAAAUGAUUUGAGGGUUUUGGACAAUGAGGCCUUGUUUAGAGCUUGGGCUUCUUCUGAGGUUGUUUUGCCUGUUUAUUGUGUUGAUCCUAGAAUUUUCAAUGGCACCACUCAUCAUUUUGGCUUUCGGAAAACUGGCGAUUUGAGAACGCUUUUUCUCAUAGAAUGUUUGGAUGACCUGAAGAAGAAAUUGAUGCAGCGUGGAUUAAACUUACUAAUCCAACAUGGGAAACCUGAGGAAGUUAUCCCUUUACUUGUGAGAGCAUAUGGAGCACAUACAGUUUAUGCCCACAAGGAAACUUGUAGUGAGGAGCUGAAUGUUGAAAGAUUGGUCAAAACUCGUCUGCUCGAGGUGAAGCUGCCAGUCAAGACAGGAACAGGAAAAAAUCAGACUGCCACUAAUAGUGCGAAGUUGGAGUUGAUAUGGGGGAGUACAAUGUACCAUGUGGAUGACCUCCCAUUUGAUUGUAGCAGUUUGCCAGACAUGUAUACUCAGUUUCGUAAGAAUGUGGAGUCGAAGUCUUCUGUCAGAAGCUGUAUCAAGAUCCCAACUUCACUAGGACCCCCACCUGACAUUGAGGAUUGGGGACGCGUUCCCACAAUUAGUGAACUGGGGAGUGGUGAAGAAAAGAUUAGAAAAGGGAUGAGAUUUGUUGGGGGUGAAAGUGCUGCCCUGACAAGGGUACAUGAAUAUUUCUGGAAGAAGGAUUUGUUACGGAUGUAUAAAGAGACCCGAAAUGGCAUGUUGGGACCUGACUACUCCACAAAGUUUUCUCCUUGGUUAGCUUCAGGAAGCAUUUCCCCUCGUGUUAUAUAUGAAGAGGUAAAGAGAUAUGAAAAGUUGAGGCAUUCAAAUGAUUCCACCUACUGGGUCCUGUUUGAAUUGAUAUGGCGUGAUUACUUCAGAUUUAUAUCCAUUAAAUAUGGAAAUCGUCUUUUUCAUCCAGGAGGGCCAAGAGAACUGGGGUAUACAUGGAGCCAAGAUAUCGGUCUGUUUGAAGCUUGGAGAGAUGGUCGUACAGGGUACCCUCUCAUAGAUGCGAAUAUGAAAGAACUCUCAGCCACAGGUUUCAUGUCAAAUCGAGGGCGACAGAUCGUUUGUUCUUUUCUGGUUCGAGACAUGGGGAUUGACUGGCGAAUGGGAGCUGAAUGGUUCGAGACAUGUCUUCUGGAUUAUGAUCCGUGUUCUAAUUAUGGGAAUUGGACUUAUGGAGCAGGUGUUGGGAAUGAUCCAAGAGAGGAUCGCUAUUUCAGUAUUCCAAAACAAGCCAAAAACUAUGAUCCUGAAGGCGAGUAUGUAGCUUACUGGUUGCCAGAAUUGCGGUCAAUUCCAAAAGAUAAGAGAAAUUUCCCUGGACAUUUUUACAUGAAGCCAGUUGUGUCUCUUAAGCAUGGUACUAGCAAUACGACGUUUGGAAAAAAUAGAGCCCCUCGAAGAAGAUGAACUGAGCACCAGUGAUGCGAUUGGACAGAAGAGGAAAUGAGCACCACUAGAGACUGCAUCGCAGAUAACUUUGUUUCAUCAGGCUUGGCGAAUACUCUUUUCAUACUCUUUUCUGUUAGCUGAAUUAACUGAAAAUCAACCGGGUUCACAUUGAAGUCUUCAUGUUCCGCUAAUGCUGGCUUUCUUGCCACCAGUGGUCUGUGUGUAAUGUGCUUUAUGUAUCCUGAAGUUCGAUUUUUUACCUGCUCCUGUGGCUGACACUAUUACUGCUAGACAUUCCGGUGAUCAACAGUUGAGCUUCAGGCUGUCCAAGAUUGUAUAUGUAUGUGUGGUUUCGUAUAUUAACUGGCACAAGAUCUUACACUGUAUAACUUGAUAUGUUUUAACUAAUGCAAACAAAAUUUAGUAUUGGUUUC